AGUUAUUAGUUAUCGGUUAUGACUUGAAACAUUGAAAAAUUUGGACCCCUUAUCUUUGAACCAUGUCCAUCAUCCACAACCUUAAACCCGCCACCUUACUCUCCCCUUCCUCUUCUUCCCGCCACACUUCCUCAUUCCCAUCAUUACCACCAUCAUCAUCAUCUUUCAAACCACUCAUCUCUUGCUCCAAUUCUUCAUUCCUUUCCCGAAGACUCUUCCUUCCUUCCGUUUCCGGCAUCUGGGACGCCUUAACCGGAGGAGGCAGCAAUAACAACAACAACACCAAUGAAGCAAUUCUCGCUAUUCGACGCGGAAUGUCUCUCUUCAGACAGGGUGAUGUUUUGGGGUCUGUUACAGAAUUCGACAGAGCAAUUGAGUUGGAUCCUCGUCAAAAGGCAUAUCUUUGGCAAAGGGGCCUCUCACUUUACUACCUUGAUAGAUUUGAAGAAGGAGCUGAGCAGUUUCGGAUAGAUGUUGCUCAAAAUCCAAAUGAUACAGAAGAGUCCAUAUGGUGCUAUCUAUGUGAAGCUCAACUAUAUGGAGUGGAUGAAGCAAGGAAGCGAUAUCUUGAGGUUGGCAGAGAUCCAAGGCCAGUCAUGAGGGAAACAUAUAACAUGUUUAAAGAUGGUGGAGAUCCUGAAAAGCUUGUAGCUGCAUUCUCCAAUAGCAGAGAAAGCGAUUAUUUUUAUGCUUCACUAUAUGCCGGGCUUUAUUACGAAUCUCAGAAAGAAAAUGAUGCAGCUAAAGUUCAUAUAGUUGCUGCUUGCAAAUCUUCUUAUGGGCAAAGAUCUGAUGAUUAUAUGGCUUCUCUUUCCAAGGUUCACUGUCUCUGUCGAAAUUGGAACCUCAGCUGAAAUAUUUUGUACAUGUCUGUGUAGCAAGAUGAAACUCAUUUAUAAGCUGUUCUAUACACUACGGUCUAUAGAGAUGGUUAAUAGAAUUUAUCACAUUCCUUCAUAAUUUCACUUGAUUUUGUGGUCUAAAUGGAUAUUAGUUCGUUAAAGUAAUGAUAUAUUAUCAUUUAGACGAGUACACUACCAUAGGGUUUUGCAUUUAUUAGUCUUUCAGAUAAUGUUUAUGUUUACAUUUACAUCAAUAUUGAGUUUUGACUCAAUGUAAAAAAUGUAGCUUUCCACCACAUACCUGAUCUACCUGAAAAUGCAGCCUUCCACAUAUCAUA